GGUUUGUUUCUGUGUUGUUGCUGCAGAGGAUCACAGCGUUGCUCGGCUUUUUCCACGGAUCUCUGUGGGCCACGCUUGUCCACCCUCUUGUUUUCUGUCUGUUUAAGUUAGAAAUAAAAAAUCAAAAUAAAAAAAAAAUGUCUCCUCAGCUCCGGAGGGUUUCCCCAUCAUGACCUCACCGGGCCGCCGCCGCUCCUCUUCACCGGGAUUCCUCAUCGCUCCUCAGUGAGCCUGGCUUCAUUUUGGCACCUCCUCGCUCCGCUUCAGUCCGCUGAUUUUUUUAUUAUAAUUAUUUGUUAUUUCUGGAUCUGUGAGCUCGAAGUGUCGCUGAACAGAUCAUUGAUGUUUUGACGACACAAAUUUGUACCUCCAGAAGAGAGAAGAGACUAAAUCUCCAGGGUCUUGGCCAUGGGGGGAUCCAAGAGUAAGCCCAAAGACGUUGCCCAGCGAAACCGCAGCCUCGACAGUAACAUCAGCUCAGGGGGAGGGACUGGCAGUCUCCACCACAAUUCGGCUCAACAGUCAGCGACACCCAACCGCAGCACAAUUGUGGACACGGAUCCACAAUUAGUGACCAAUAAUGCCGGACUCGUUCUGUUUGGAGGUGUGGACAAUAACAGAAUAACUCCAACAGGUGUGACGGCAUUUGUGGCCUUGUACGACUACGAGUCUCGAACAGAGACAGAUCUGUCUUUCAAGAAGGGGGAGCGUCUCCAGAUACUAAAUAACACGAGGAAGAUAAACUGCAGGGAAGGGGACUGGUGGCUGGCGAACUCCCUGACCACCGGAAAGAGCGGUUAUAUCCCCAGCAAUUAUGUGGCUCCAUCUGACUCCAUCCAGGCAGAAGAUGAUCUCAAACUGACACUAGAUUCCAGAUGGUUCUUUGCCAAAAUCACACGCCGUGAUUCAGAAAGGAUGCUGCUAGCUUUAGAAAACAGAAGAGGGACUUUCGUGGUGAGAGAGAGUGAGACCACCAAAGGUGCUUACUGUCUGUCAGUGUUGGACUGUGACAACACCAGAGGGCUCAACGUGAAACACUACAAGAUUAGGAAGCUGGACAGCGGGGGCUUCUACAUCACAUCCCGCACACCUUUCGCCACACUGCAGCAGCUCGUCAAUCAUUACCGCAAGCAUGCCGAUGGGCUGUGUCACACUCUGACGGACGUUUGUCCCGUACUGAAGCCUCAGACUCAGGGCUUAUCCAAGGAUGCCUGGGAGAUCCCGAGAGAGUCGCUUCGCCUGGAGGUCAAGAUGGGACAGGGCUGCUUCGGAGAGGUCUGGAGAGGAACAUGGAACGGCACCACACAGGUGGCGAUCAAGACGCUGAAGCCCGGCACCAUGUCCCCCGAGGCGUUCCUGCAGGAAGCUCAGGUCAUGAAGAAACUGAGACACGAGAAGCUGGUUCAGCUGUACGCUGUGGUUUCUGAGGAGCCCAUCUACAUCGUAACAGAGUUCAUGGACCAAGGCAGCUUAUUGGAGUUUCUGAAGGGACAGUAUAGUACGAUGCUCCGCCUCCCUCAGCUGGUGGACUUUGCCUCUCAGAUUGCUUCAGGGAUGGCCUACGUAGAGAGGAUGAACUACGUUCAUAGAGACCUCCGAGCCGCUAACAUCCUGGUUGGAGAUAAUCUGGUUUGCAAAGUGGCUGAUUUUGGUUUGGCUCGCCUGAUUGAGGAUAACGAAUAUACAGCCAGGCAAGGCGCCAAGUUUCCCAUCAAGUGGACGGCUCCUGAGGCGGCACUCUACGGACGAUUCACCAUUAAAUCUGACGUCUGGUCAUUUGGGAUCCUGCUGGUUGAACUGGCGACCAAAGGUCGCGUGCCCUACCCAGGCAUGGUGAACAGAGAGGUUCUGGAUCAGGUGGAGCGCGGAUACAGGAUGCCGUGUCCGUCUGAAUGUCCUGCUUCUCUCCAUGAACUGAUGCUGAACUGCUGGAGGAAGGAAGCCGAGGAGAGGCCCACCUUCGAGUACCUGCAGGGCUUCCUGGAGGAUUACUUCACCUCCACUGAGCCUCAGUACCAGCCUGGGGAUAACCUGUAACCAGGCUGUUUGGAUAUGCAAAAAUGGACCGGCGCAUGGACAUGCAUGUGUGGGAAUAAAGGGGCAGAGAUCAGCAUAAAUCUGGGUACAAUCACUGACUGAUUUUGUUUUUUUUCUCAAAGUCAUUAACUUUUUUCAUACAUUUUUAUCCAGAGAAUCUAAAAAAAUAUUGCAAAAAUAAUUGUUUAAUUGCUUUCUCUGAUUUUUAUGGAACAUGAUCAGUGAGUCAAAUUUGGGAAGUAUUGUUCUGCUGAUACGUUUUUCAGUCAGACAAACAUUUUUACCACAUUUUCUUUCAGAUCCAAUUUGAAACAAGCUCAGACUGUCUUCCUUUUAUUGAGCCUAUAAUAAUUUCUUAUGAUGUUGUUGAUCUGGUUUAUUUUGAACUUGUUUCACCCUGAUCAACUGGAAAUGUGUCAUGGCUGCCAUUGGGGUUCAUACAGCUGUUUGUGGUCAGAAAAGGUCAACUCAGGAUGGGGGGAAAACAAAAUUAAUCUGCUGCAAAGAUUUUUGUGCCAAUGAAAAUCUAUUUUCUACUCUAUUUUUGUUCUAUUUUUGGUACUUUUCUUAUAACAAAAAAACUACAUUGUUGCUCUGAAAGGGUGAUCCACUGUUCCUUCUGUGUAUAGAUUUUAAUGUGCAGAGUUUUCACAUUUAUUUUAAGUCUCCUUUCAUUUUAAGAUUUGUUCUUUAUUCAGCACUGCUACGUCUUUUUCUUCUUAGUGCCAUCUUGAGCACAAUUUUACACUGGAGAUUUUUUUUUUGUUUCUUUGUUUUUGUUUUAGUUUAUUAUUUUUGGGGGGGCGAAGGGGACAAAUGAGCAACAGGAGUGUGUUCACUGUGGUAAUGCCUCUCUAUCACCUGCAGGGGGCAGACCAUAGUGGAUUCCUGUUCACUCACACUAAGCAUGUACAGAAAAUAAAAAUUGGCAUUUUAAAACUUAAUUGUAAAUAUCUUUGAUGCUAAUAAUUUGUAUAUAUCAACUUUUCUUAUUUAUUCAUUUUAAAUUAACCCAAUUUUAAAAUUUUUAUUUCAGCACAUGUGCAUACGUCUUCUUGUUUAUGGAAUUUUUAUGGGAUAAAUAACAUGAAACGCAUAUAAAAAUUUCAUUACAAGUAUUUUGGAUCAUAUUUCAGUGAAACUGACCUGAAUAUUUUUUAAUGACUGAUUGAAGAGGUGAGUUUGUGACUCAUUUAAACAUCAGUACUAUAGAUUUUUGAAGAAACUGAGUGCUGCUGACCUUCCUCUCCAUCUUGUCGCCUGUUCAGCAUGCUGACUAACAAUAAAUUGUUUGAAAUUGCUUCCAAUUUGUGCUCCCACUUAAUGUUUAUUUGCAAAGCAAAAAAUGCACGUUUGUAUGUACUGUUUGUGUCUUCUGUGGGGUUUUU